CUGGAAGAGGCUGUUGACAUCUGGUCGCAGUUCUUCAUCCACCCGCUAUUCUUGGAGUCCUCCAAAGAUAAGGAGAUACAGGCCGUGAAUUCAGAGCACGAGAAAAACAUAAAUCAGGAUGUGUGGCGAUUGAACCAAUUAGAUAAGUCGACGUCGAAUCCAGAUCACGUUUACAAUCGAUUCGGCACAGGCAAUCUCGAAACACUUGGUGACGGCCCCAAGGCUAGAGGGGUUGAUGUGCGAGACGAGCUAAUCAAGUUCUACCAUGGACACUACUCGUCAAAUAUCAUGACACUCUGCAUCGUGGGCAGGCAAUCGUUGGAAGAACUUCGAAUACUGGUUUUGGACAAGUUCUCUGAUAUAAAAAACACGAAUCGCACGGUGGAUGUAUGGCCGGAUGAUGUUUAUGGACCAGACCAGCUGCAGCGAUUGUUCAGAGUGCUACCAGUGAAGGAGUUCAGGCGCGUAACAUUUUCUUUCCCCAUUGGAGACUCUCAAGUGCACUACUUAUCCAAGCCCACCCAAUACAUAGCGCAUCUGAUCGGACAUGAAGGCCCCGGCAGUCUCUUGUCGGUGCUUAAAGCAAAAGGUUGGGCGCUGUCGACCAUGGCAGGCGACUCUCGCAGGGCUAAUGGUUUCGGAGUGUUCAAGAUUACAGUGGACGUCACCGAGGUUGGACUAGAACACGUCAACGACAUCGGCACACUUCUGUUCCAGUACAUCGAGUUAAUCAAACAGUCGGGUGUGGAGGAGUGGAUUCACGAGGAAUGUGCCAGCCUGUGUCGUAUACAGUUGGAUUUCAAGGACAAGGAGUCGCCUUCGUCGUACGUGUCGUCCACAGCUAGCAACAUGCAUCACUAUCCCGCCGAACAUGUUAUCUCCGGUGCCUAUCUGCUGUUCGAGUACAAACCCGAGGCUAUCAGGCACUUUCUUUCGCUAAUGAGUCCCCUCAACUGCAGGAUGACUGUGGUGGCGAACACUUUUGGAGACAUUGCACAAACAUCGGAGGAAUGGUAUGGAACGAAAUACGAUAAUUCGCCGCUGGAUGAAAAUGUUGUGAAGGCAUGGGUAAGCUGUGGGCUUCAUGAAGCCCUCAUACUGCCAGAGCCCAACAACUUAAUCCCAUCAGACUUCACCAUCAAGGAGAGAGAUGAGCAUGAUCGAGAGGUCCCGAGUAUGAUUGCACAGACAAAUACGGUCAGGCUGUGGCACAAACACGAUGACACGUUUCUUCUGCCCAAGGGUCGUUUGUACUGCGAUCUCGUGAGUCCUCUCGCAUACGUUACACCGUUAAACUGUGUGUUCACCAAUUUAUUCGCCGAAUUGCUGAAGGAUGACUUAUCAGAGAUAACGUACGCUGCAGCCCUUGGUGGCCUCGAUUACGCAUUCGACAACUCAAUGUACGGGAUUUCUUUCCACGUGAAGGGAUACACUCACAAGCUAGGUGUACUGCUGGACAUGAUCAUCGACAAAAUAGCCAAUUUCUCAUUCGAAGACACCCGAUUUGAGGUUUUACGCGAACAGGCACGGCAGCAGUACAGCAAUUUCGAAGCCGAACAACCCUACCAUCAUUGCAUAUACAGUUCACAUCUGCUCAGCAAUGAGAAACUCUGGACUCAUGCUCAGAAGCUCAAUGUCCUUCAGAGCAUCACACCCGAUGAUCUCAGAGCAUUCCUCCCUGAUCUGCUCAGUCGUGUGCAAGUAGAAUCAUUUGUGCAUGGUAACUUCACACGGAAAGAAGCGAGAGAUUUUAUCCCGCAAUUGGAGAGAGUUUGUUUGUCCGGGACUGGCCUGCAACCGAGUGAGCUGGAAAGGCAUCGCCACGUGCGAUUUGAAGAAGGUUACCAAUAUGUUCACAAGAAAAUCGAGACAAAACAUUUGGAUGUCACCGCCACCGAGGUGUACGUUGUCACUGGGCUGGACUCUACCCUGAAGAAUGUGUUAAUAGAACUGUUUAAUCAGUGCAUACAUGAGAGUUACUUCAAUCAACUCCGCACCAACGAACAAUUAGGUUAUAUCGUCCACGCCGGUUUGCGAAGGCAACACGGAGUCAAUGGAAUGCGAUUUAUAAUUCAGGGAUCAAAGCAACCAGAGUUCCUCGCAUCUCGAGUUGAUGUCUUCCUUGGGAGUGUCGAUGAGCUCAUUAGCAAUAUGACUGAAGAAACAUUUAGGAAACAUGUGGAAACCUUAGCCGCGAAGAAACUAGAGAAACCGAAGUCCAUGUCGCAGGAGUCUAAUAAAUACUGGUCAGAGAUUUUAGAUCAGCAAUAUCACUUCCAGCGCUCUAUUUUAGAAACCGGAGAGCUCAAGAAGAGAACAAAGGAUGAAUUACUCCAGUUUUACAGGACUUACAUUUCACCGAAAAGUCCGACGCGUAUACAAGUAUGCUUGCUAGCGGGCCCUGCUACCGAAACGGUUGACAAUUUGGAGCUUAAUGGAGUUAUUAACGGUAAAAAUGGUGAAUAUCCGGUAGACAGUGGCAAACCAGUCACGUCACAUGAGACGAAACCGCAGAAACGAAUGAGUAUCCGCGAUGUAGAAGAGGUUGUUGACGAUAAACUGCCCGAUGGCACAAAUGCACUCACCACAACUGGUCCUCCAGCUGCGUCCACGUCACCCAUAUCGGAUGCCGAGGGCGUACAGGGAGAGGAUGACGACAGUUCAAUAGUAGAGGGGUCAGAUGAUUUAAUGGAUCAACGCGCCGACGUGCUACUUGACAAUCAAUUGGAAGUCGGGCAUAGUAAAAACGCCUUAUCUGCCGAUAAUAAGUCGAGUAAUGGGAAUGUAGGUACAAAGGAUGCUGAAGGUCACGGUUCACAGCCCAUAGCUGAGGUUGGGUCAAGGAGAGGAUCUCUUGCCAUUGCCGCGGGCAUGCUACUGUCGGCACAGUGUGUGCAGAAAAUACACUUCGUAGGUGAAGACGUGCCAAAAUUUAAAUCCACUCUCGGUUUAUACCCGCAGCCUGUAAGUUGGGACUACCAUACAUGCUUAGAAUAAAGAUAAAUGAAGGAAACCUG